CUUUCUCCUCGACAGCGACCACACUCUCCUUUUCUUCCCAGCUCCUCCUCUUGCCUGCCUGCCUGCCUGCUUCUCUUACCAUGUGUGUGUAUAUAUAUGUGUGUAAAUAAAUAAACAAUAUAAAGACCUGAGCACACCGGCCAGCCCUUCUCGAUCAGCCUCACUAGCGCUCUCCAAGAGCAUGAACAAUCGUCUGCUGCUCUACUAGACGGACGGACCAAACCAAACCCUCCUUUUUCGUCACUAGCAAAUUAAAGGGAAGCGAGAUCGACCUCACCGUCCGUGAGUCCGUCUUCUUCAACUCCAUCGUCGGCGUCGCGCGCGCGGAGUGUUUGGUUGCUCGGGAGAGGAGACUAUAUAUGGAGACGACCAAGAGCUUGGAGGUUGCUAGGGGCGCCAUGGACGACGACGACCACGAGGAGGCGUGGGUGCACGACUCCUCCGUCGAUCACCGCGGGAGGUCUCCCGCCCGCGCCACCACCGGGUCCUGGAAGGCCGCCAUGUUCAUCAUCCUGAUCGAGUUCAGCGAGAGGCUGAGCUACUUCGGCAUAGCCACGAGCCUCAUGAUCUACCUCACCAAGGUGCUGCAAGAGGAGAUGAAGGCGGCCGCCAAGAAUGCCAACUACUGGAUGAGCGUCACCACGCUCAUGCCCCUGCUCGGCGGCUUCCUCGCCGACGGCUACCUCGGCAGGUUCUCCACCGUCGUCGUCUCCACCGCCGUCUACCUGCUGGGCCUGACGGUGCUGGCGACGGCGCAGCUGGCGCCGGGGCUGGGGCCCGACCGCUCGCCGCGCCUGCACGAGGCGCUCUUCUUCGCCGGCAUCUACCUGGUGUCCGCCGGCACCGGCGGGCACAAGCCGGCCCUGGAGAGCUUCGGCGCGGACCAGUUCGACGAGGCCCACGCGGCGGAGCGGGUGCGCAAGAUGUCCUUCUUCAACUGGUGGAACUGCGCGCUCUGCUCGGGCGUCCUGCUCGGCGUCACCGCCGUCGUCUACGCGCAGGACCGCGCCGGCUGGGGCGCCGCCACCGUCGCGCUCGCCGCCGUCAUGGCCGCCUCGCUCGCCGUCUUCCUCGCCGGCCGCCGGUACUACCGCUACAGGGUGCCCGAGGGCAGCCCGCUCACGCCGCUGCUCCAGGUCCUCGUCGCCGCCUUCAGGAAUAGGCGACUCCCGCUGCCGGACGACGACGCCGAGCUGUACGAGGUCAGGCGGCCGCAGAGUGGCAAGAGGAGGCUGCUUUGCCACACCUACCAGCUGAGGUUCCUCGACAAGGCAGCCAUAGUAGUGGAGCCCGGCGCCGGCGAGGACGCCUGCGGGCCGUGGCGGCUGGCGACGGUGACGCAGGUGGAGGAGACAAAGCUGGUGCUGGCGAUGGUGCCCAUCUGGGUGUGCACGCUGCCCUUCGGCAUGGCGGUGGCGCAGGUGUCCACCUUCUUCAUCAAGCAGAGCAGCGUGAUGGACCGUCGCCUGGGCCCGCACUUCGAGCCCCCGCCGGCGUCGGUGUUCGCGCUGUCGGCGGUGGCCAUGAUCGGCACGGUGGCGGCCUACGACAAGGCGCUGGUGCCGUACCUGCGGCGCGCCACGGGAGGGGAGCGCGGGAUCAGCAUCCUUGGGCGCGUGGGCAUCGGCAUGGCGUUCGCCAUCGCGGGGCUGGGCGUGGCGGCGGCGGUGGAGCGGCGGCGCCUGCUGUCGGCGGGCGCCGCGCGGCCGUCGACGUCGGUGCUGUGGCUUGUGCCGCAGUUCGCGCUGAUGGGCGUGGCCGACGGGUUCGCGCUGGUGGGCCUGCAGGAGUACUUCUACGAGCAGGUCCCCGACGGCAUGCGCAGCCUGGGCAUCGGCCUCUACCUCAGCGUCAUUGGCGCCGGGAGCUUCCUGAGCAGCCUGGUGAUCACGGCGGCGGACCGCGCCAGCUCCCGCGGAGGGCGCGCCGGCUGGUUCGCCAAGGACCUCAACCGCAGCAGGCUGGACCUCUUCUACUGGCUGCUGGCGUGCAUCAGCGCCGUCAACCUGGCAUUCUACGCGCUGGUCGCCACCAAGUGCUCGUACAAGCAGACCGUCAGGGCCGGCAGGGUCGGCGACGAGGUCGAGUGCGCCGCGUAGCUGCUGCUGUACGUGGUGGUCAUGAAACCAACCAUGCAUCAGCCGCACGACCAUGUGUAUUAUUACUAUUAUAGGGGCUAAUAGGAACUAGCUACUCGUUGAUCGUGUUGUUGCUCUAGCUAGCUUGGGUACAAGUAGUACAUUCAUGCCACGUCGUGUUGUAUAUGCUGCUCGUAGACGUUGGUGUAUGUGUACUGGCGCCUGGCGCGUCGUCGAAACGAUACGUGUACAUACAAGUGAUGUUUGGUUCGUUGUAGCAGUGAUUUCUCAGCUAAAUUAAUUA